CGAACUUUCACCCCUCAACCGCUUUAUUGUUUUGAUUUAGCAGGUAGUCUUUUAGUGUGACUUGUAACAGGCGAUUUGGCUGAAAGGCAAUUUUUAAACUAUCAUUGCUGUUGCGGGUUUACUCAAGCGUGUACGGACGAUGUGAAUAAUGACCGUGUCAGACAGAUACACAACGUUUCUGUUGACAAAGAUGUUUUCCCCGAGAUAAGCUAACGUUAGCUGUCUGGCUAACGUAGCGUACGUAGCUUUGGUAACAACAUGACGACGAUGAGCGGUGUGUAGGAGCGACCGACCAGACAUCGGAUCGCGCCGAUUUCCUGCUUGUCAAUCACGGAUCCAGGAUUAUCCUGUCUUUGUGUCUGGAUAGCCUCGAUCCGGUUUAUACAACCAAACAAACAAAAACUGGCCACAUUUAACCAACAACAACUUAUAUUCAAAGAGUAAUUGUGCUCGGCUGGACAUUCGCAUCUCUUUCUUUCAAUGGGUGAGGAAAAACCAGACACGCUUGACUUUGUGAAGGAUUUCCAAGAGUAUCUGAGCCAGCAGACUCAACAUGUGAAUAUGAUAUCAGGCUCCGUCAGCGGCGUCAAGGAGGCGGACGAGCUGCCUCCAGACUGCAGUCAGAAUGGACUGGAUCACCCCUCAGUGGACAUGUCCCUGGAGGACAGCUCAGGGAUCCUCGUCGAUGGUUUUGAACGGACCUAUGACGGGAAGCUCAAGUGCCGCUACUGCAACUACGCAACCAGAGGCACAGCGAGACUCAUUGAGCACAUCCGCAUUCACACAGGAGAGAAACCUCAUCGCUGCCACCUGUGCCCGUUUGCUUCGGCCUAUGAGCGUCACCUGGAGGCCCACAUGCGAUCGCACACUGGUGAGAAGCCUUAUAAAUGUGAGCUGUGCUCCUUCCGCUGCAGUGAUCGCAGCAACUUGUCACACCAUCGCCGCCGACGCCACAAACUCCUGCCGAUGAAAGGUGCUCGCUCGCUUUCCCAUAAGAAGAUGCUGAGUGUUUUACAGAAGAAGGCCAGCUCAUUAGGCUACGGCCGCCGACUCCUCAUCAACUUCAGCCCCCCUUCAAUGGUGGUGCACAAGGCUGAUAAUGUGAACGACUUCUCCCAUGAGCUGCCCCACUUACGCCAGGAGACCUAUGAUGGUCAGAGUCGAGCAGUCGAGGACGGGCACUCGGCCAAUCAAAAUCACCAUCACCACCAUGACAUGGUGAUGGAUAAUCCCCUGAACCAGCUGUCCACCCUGGCGGGCCAGUUGGCCAGCCUCCCUUCAGAGUCUCAGGCACAGAGUCAACCUCCCAUGUCUCCAGGAGCAGAGUCCAUCGUUGAUGAGAAGCCCUUCCUCAUCCAGCAGCCCCACCCUGCCACAGCUCCUGUGGCUGUCACAGCCAGCAUGGCCCAUGCCUCCUCCUCUUCCCCAAUCACCCCAGAGCCCCGGGCACCGCCCCACAGCAAUUGCAGUCCUGGAGGGGGACCCUGCAGCGAGCACAGUGGGCGCACCAGUACCCCUAGUAUCUCCAACAGCCAACCCAGCACGCCGGCCCCAGGCCUGUCUGCCCCACUCCAGGACCCCCAUGUGCUGCAUCACUGCCAGCACUGUGACAUCUACUUCCCUGACAACAUCCUUUACACCAUCCACAUGGGCUGCCAUGGCUACGAGAACCCAUUCCAGUGCAACAUCUGUGGCCACAAGUGCAAAAGCAAGUAUGACUUUGCCUGCCACUUUGCCCGGGGGCAGCACAAGUAAUGGCUGAACGAGGAAGUCUUUGAAAGAUCUUUUAACGGACAGCUUUGUUUUAUUGAUUCCAUAGUAAUUUUAUUUAUUGGUCUUUUACUUGGCCUUGAUGUAGCCUAGCCUUUGAAGUUGUACUUAUACAGGAAAAUGUCAACAUUCAGAUGGUUUCAUUUUGUAUGGUGCCCAUUCAAGUGUAUUAUAAAGGGAUGAUCAGUGUUUUUUCAACAGGUUGAGAAUUCAUUUGUGGGGGUGGAGUUGCACUAAACUGCUGUCAUAAAUCAGAAAACGGCUGCCCUACUAGCCAAACUGAUGACUCUCGUUUAGCGUAGUAGCUUACCAGCUGCCUUGGGAUUUACCUUAAGUACACAAACUUAACUGAUUGGCAAGUGCAUCAGAUACUGUGACAGAAAAGGCUUUCAAUGCACCUCUCUAAAGCAAAUUAAGAUGGGUGCCAUUUUACACAAGUUGUAUGGCACCCUGUCACACCAAGGUGAAUGAAAAUAUCUGGUGGCUGGAAGGACUUUGUCCAGCAUUCUGAACGCAACCUAUAAAUAAAUACAGUUCUAACACUCUGAUGCUUAGAGCAGAGUACACAUUAUCAGAUCAUAUACGUGCAGUUGUCAAAUGUACUGUUUUGUAUUGUCUGUGGAACCUGCCAAGAGAGUUAAGGCAGGAGGACCUACUAACACAGCAAGUUGGCUCUCACUCUCAAAACAUGGAAACAAAAAGAAGAAACUCUAAAGCAGUUUUCCCAAAUAAAUUCUCAACACUCCUGAAGGUAUAUCUAAAGAUUGCUCUGAUGAUAGGAGCAAAACUGUUGGCCUGGAGAGAUCUUAAGCCUUGUUGAAAUUAUUUCAGUGCUUGGUGCAUUACUAUUUCUUUGCAGUGCCUGACAUAGUCACUUUCUUGUGUGUCGAAAAUAGAGAGGACUGUUAUUUUGAAGAUUAAUUAUUAUUAUUGAUUAUUACAAUAACUUACUGUAACAGAUAGGCCCAAACCUUAAAAAAAAGUGGCCAUUGUAGUUUUCUAUGGUAGCAAUUUCCUUUUUUUCUGCCAAAAUUCUGCUCCAUGAAUGCUGCUAAGAAACUUUGGGAUCAAAAAUAUAUGGAUGGCAUCCACAGUAAAAACCUGACCAAACUUUGUAUCAGUGGUUUCUGGUCAGCAAGUUGUUCGACUAGAUUUUAUAGGGAGUCGUGUUGUUUGGACACACAGUGCCCUUCUUUAACCAGCAUCAUGGUAAUUUCACUCAGUUUGUUAAAAGGGUUUUACAUAUCCUUUUUGAUUACAUAAUGUCACAUUCUGAUGUUUUGAUAUUGUAUGUAGUCCCUUUGAUAUCCAGUGUCUACAUGUUUAGGACAGGAUCACCAAGUCUCGUGUCUCAUAAGAACACUUUCAGAAUUGCCACGUAGCACUGGGGAUGCCACGUUUUAGCCUUUGUGAUAACAAACACUGAGAUUCCCCUUUUACCUUACGGAUUCCAGUGCUUUUCUGAAUAUUUACUGAGUAUUGUAUUCUGAGUGGUUGGAUAGAUGUUCAGUGUCAAAAAAGCAAAAUCAUGUUGCAGUGAGACUGCUACUUUAGCAAGAUUGUUGUUUGUCUUGGGUACUGUUGUCUGUUGCAUAGCAACAUGCGUGGAGAACAUAGGCACUGUUUUUAGGACCACCUCUUUGUCACCAUGCUUACCAGUAACUGGGGCAUCCAGUAAUGACUGCCUUGUGUUCUCGCAGUGUGUCGUAGGUUCAUAGGUAACAGUGAAUGUCAAAGCCUUUUGGCGAUCACUCUCUCCCUCUGGGAUGGCAAAUCAUUUUACUGUGACAUGGAUUAAUCUAACUAAUUUAUAAGUAAAGUGUUUUCUAACUGA